ACAAAAGACAUCACCCCGUGAUGACUUGAUCUCUCUCUCUCUCUCUCUCUCUCUCUCUCUCUCUCUCUCUCUCCUAGAAAUUUCCCACCACCUUCUCCUAUCAAACUGGAACUCCCACCUGAAAAUAACUUCCUCUGUGAACUGACGGUUGGUGCGUAACGUCUUCGAAGUCGUGUCUUCUAAGGAAGCAGUUGUCUGGGUAAAGAAACACAGUGCUGUGUCUCUCUAUCAUUCACGAGAGUUUGCUCCUCUAUGGAUUGGAGUCGGUAAUUUUAUUCAUCAAAAUUGACCAAUUGAGAUGUGUUUUUGCGAUUUGGGUCAAUGUAUCAGGUGGUGAAAAGCGACUGACCAAUUCAGCACGCAAGCUGUUGUAUACUCUCUCUCUCUCUCUCUCUCUCUCUCUCUCUCUCUCUCAGAAGGUGGGGAAAAAAUGGCAGAAAAUCCAAAGUUGGAAUAUUCAGAUGCUCUCAGCCCGUCUCGCGUGCUCGCCGAAAUGGAUACCCAGAAAAUCUCAGUCUCUGAUCAAACAAACGGCUUGCAAUUCACCAACACCAAACCUGAUAGCUUCGCGGUGGAUAUGGAUCGCCUUUCUCAUCUAGCCGACAAGGACAAACCUGCAAAUUCAAGAUUCACAGAUAAAAAGUUGCAGAGAGGCUUUUCAAGAAAAGGAUCACAGCAGCGAAGAAACGAGAAAAAGAUUACUCCAUCAAGUACUGAUAAUGAAGGAGACACUAGUAUCGAAUCAGCGGCUUCGCCAAGAGCUGCUUUAGCAGCGUCUAGCAUGCCCGAAAAGCCUAUGGUGGUAACGGUGGGGACCGCGAAUCAUCCAAUGAACAGCCCACAACUCCAUCAUCAGAUCACUAUAAUGACCGGCAGUAUAGGCGGUGCCACCACCGGCGCUGAAAGCAGAAGCACCCCAAAGAGACUUGGUUCCCGGAGGUCUCCUCCCUCAUGGACCGCCGAUCCAAGGAGGAUCGUUUUCUUCUUUGCCACCUUGUCAAGCAUGGGAACUCUAUUACUGAUUUACUUCACACUUACGAUGGGAAAACUAAGUGGAGAUGACAAUGCUCUGGAGUGGUAAUGGGGAUAAGAGCUGCUGCAUCUGAAUAAGCGAAAAACAGAAACAGAAGUGCUGCCUUGGGACAGAAGUUCGGGCCGGUUUAGCCGUUCUGUCAAUUUUUGUAGCAGCUAAUUCCGAAUUAGUAAUGCUUGCAGCCUAUAGCAGAAGAAAGAAACAGGCAUGGACAUAACUUGAUUAAUUAAAGUCUAAGUCCCUUUCACAGACUAAGUGGCUUUCUUUAAUAGGAAUAUCGCGACAAAAAGAAGAGGUUGCAUGAGAAAGAAAAAGCAGAGUCGAUCUUCCACUAUGACAAACUUGAAAGGGAUAUUGAGACACUGAAAGGCAAUACAGCUCCCAUUACCGUAGCGGCAGAAUAGAGUUGAUUUUUUAUCUACAGAUCACGUACUUUAAUAUGAUUUGAAGACGAGGACAUAGUGCAGCAUGACAAAGAUAGGGAAUCUUCACGAAUAUGUCAAAUGGAAGAUGUCUCAAAAAAAUGUCUCACCUUUUGUGUUUGUGUAACUCUGUCACUUUUUGCUUCCUUUUCCCUUCUCCAUGCCUUCAAUUCAGUGUGCUCUUCUUAUAUCCAA